CGUUUCUACUUCAUCGGUUCCAAUACAGUAUUCAGAAUUGCUUCCUACCUUUCGGGUUUUUAUUUAUCACGUUCCUUAAAAUUUGCUUCUCCAAUAACAUUAUCGGCCGGUCCUUACUUUGAUUUCACUUCAAGCAUUCUCUUUCCAUCUCAAUUAAGCCUUCAUUUUUUCAACCCCAAGAAUUACACGCAAAACAUCUAUCAUCAUGCAGUUCUCCAAGAUCUCCAGCGCAACCGCCGCACUUCUCAUCUCUCUAAUCUCCGCCUCUCCUAUCGCCCUGACCUACGAUGCCAUUCAUCCCAGCGGAUCCGUCCACAUCAGACCCACCGGCUCCAUCGAGCACUCCUUCAGAAUUCGCCCUACCGGCUCUUUCAACCCCAAGGAACCAAUCCCUACCUGCACCGACGAAGAAAUCCCUAAGUUUACCAUUAACCCCACAGGUGGCAAGACCGAGCCUCAUCACUACCGACCCUCCGGCACUGGUGUCAGAUCUCACGAAGGUCCAAGACCAACUGGUUAUGCAUCAAAAUCAUACGAAAAUAGCCACUCAAAGCCAAGCGGACAUGUCUCUCAAAGGGCUAUCGAAAGCGAUGAUGCCGAAAGUAGCACUGUGAGCAACUGGGGCCCUAAGCAUACAGGUAAUGCUUUCCAUAAACAUGAAAGUGGCCACGCAAAGCCAACCGGUAGUGGAAAGAAAGAAAAUGCUCAUCCAUCCGGAACCGGUGUUUACAAAGAUGAAAAUCCUCGUCAGAGUGGACAUGCUAAGCCUACUGAGACCGGAGAUCGUAAAAUACGUGAAAACGGACAUGCUAAGGCAUCAGGCACGGGAGGCAGAGAAGGUGAAUUUGGCCAUGCCAAACCCACUGGUACCAGAGGCAAAGAUCACACUCAGGCUCACGAAUCCGGCCACGCUAAACCCACUGGUACUGGAGCUGAACAUGGUCAUGCUCAACCGACUGGUGUUCAUUCACACGUUCCUGAGUUCACUGGAGCACACAAAAGCAAGAGUGAUUUCAAGACCGAGACCGAGACCGACACGAUGAUACUUGGGAGCAAGGCAUCUGCAGUUAUCGGGGCUGGGCCUGAGGUAACUGGAAGAUCUCUUUUUUGAGGAGUUUGACAAUUAGGUGUUGCUUGUCUUGGCUGGGUUGAUUGAGAUGGGUUGUGUAGAUGGGGGCCUGCUUGUGUGAAUAGUAUAGGGGAUGAUUUUGGUUUAUUUUUCUGUACGUCACAUGUCUUGAGGAUGGAAGUAUACGUUUCAGCGUCUGGGAUAGCUGCUUUGGGAUUUAGGUUUUUGAGGG